GAGACACAGAAUAAAAAUAAUUAACCUUAAUUUACUAAAUUGAAAAAGGUAAUCUAAUCGGCAACAGCAUAAAUCAAAGGUUGAAAAAUGCCGUCUUUACUUAAAAGUUCGACAGAGUUCGAAGAAGCCAUAAGUAAAGAAAAUUUGACAGUAGUGCAUUUUUCUGAAGAUUGGGCUGAACAAUGCAAGCAAGUUGAUGACCUUUUAGAACUUCUUUCAAAACAAGAAGGAUGUUCGAAAAUACAAUUUUUCAAAGUCUUGGCUACAGAUGUGCCAGAAGCAGCAUCCAAACAUGAUGUGUCUGCUGUUCCUACUGUCCUUCUUUUCCGUAACAACCAAUUGAUCGAUAGGAUAGAAGGAGUGGAUACCAAAACUAUCACACAAAAAAUCAUGAAGUAUAAGGACUUCGAGUCUUUAGAAGACAGACUAAAAAAUUUAAUAAAUUAUUCUAAGGUUAUGCUUUUCAUGAAAGGCUCUAAAGGGCAACCCAGAUGUGGUUUUAGCAGACAAAUUGUUGAUAUUUUGAAUAAUUUAGGAGCUGAUUAUCAGACUUUUGACAUUCUAUCAGAUGAAGAAGUAAGACAAGGUCUGAAGACAUAUUCUGAUUGGCCAACUUAUCCGCAACUAUAUAUAAAUGGAGAACUCAUCGGUGGAUUAGAUAUUGUUAGAGAAAUGAUCAGUAGUGGGGAGUUGAAGAAAAUGUUAACUGCUUAAUUAUUUAUUUUGCCAAAUAAAGUAGUUUCACAUU